CCGAGCUCGAGCAUUUAAAGCGACAGACGACAAAACAGCAGCGCUUACAAUAAACAGAAUGUUAUCGUCCACUGGUGAGCACGCUACUAUCGCUAUCGUUAUAGUUAUCGUUCUUGGUGUGAACGGCCUUUAGUCUUGUGCACACUGACUCCUGGUCAUCCAAUCAGACUACAGCUUGUGGUUUUUGCAAAGCUCUCAUUAUUUUAAGUGCAAUAUGCAUGUGUGGGCGGUCCGAGACUAGUUACUGACCCAAACUCUGAUCUGAGGAAGUUGGUUCCUCAGUACAUGUUCAGAUGCUGCUAGAAUCAUUUGACUCACCUUUCAUCUUAUUUCAGUCUUUCAACUGGUCUUUUCAACCAAACUCAGCAUUGCAGGAAUGGUCUUUAGUGUAAUAAACUGAGCCAGGUGAUCAAUGUUAAACUACACGAGAUUCCAUCACACUCGGCGAUUCACAGCUCAGUUAAUGAACAGUGAAGCAGAGCUGAGAAAAAUACCCAUCACGGAAUGACUCGAAUCAAGAACCAGUUCAUUAAAACGAACCAGCUGAAUCAAAUGAUUGGGAGGAGAGAAAUGAGAAAUGCACGAGUGUGUAGGGCUGGAAGGAGUUUACUAACAGAUGCUGAUGGUGAAGGUGAUGUGAGAGUUCAAAGGUCAAUGAAAUGGACACGUGGAGUGAAGAUGCAAGUUGUGUGAGUUUUAGAGUUGGUGUUUUUUUAGGAUUGAAACUCAAUCAGAUGGCAGAAAUAUUUUGACUAUUUAUUCGGAUUAUGAUUCCUGUGCCUUUGUGCCACAGACAGUGGUUUGAUCCGGUUUGACGUUAUUUUUGAGGCAGAUUUAGAUCAGGCCUGCUUGUGUGAGGCUGCACGGUGUCGUCAUGGUAACUGCGUGGCAGGUGGGCGGGGUUAUUAAAGACCUUUUCUAGCCCUUCUGGACAAUCUGCUGAUUGUGUUUGAUGAUGACGAGGUUUUUUUUAGUUUUCUCUUCUUCAGUUUGAUUAUGAUUGACUUGAGUAGUGUGUGUUUGUGUGCGAGGAGUGGAUUUGCACAAACACACACUCAUGCACCGUUCACUGUUUUGAGGUCGACUUUGACGUCGUUUCCAACACGAUGAUGAACCUCUGUUUAUCUGCUCUUCUGUUGCUCUUUUUUGGUUUCGAGUUAUUUUGGAGUUUUAAAGAUGUCUGUCAAAAUGUCAAUAAAUCACAAUGUGUGUAUAAAGACGACAGUUUCUAGUGUUUUUGUUGACAGAAGCUGUUGUAGUUUUAGAAUGAUCAAAACGGUUCAGAAGUCCCGGAUCGGACGUCCAACAGCGACGUCAUUUUACAAGCAGUUUGGCUCUCACUCUUCAUUCAGAACAUGUACUCAUCUAGUCCUUGUUGCUAAACCGUUCACUACUCGGAAAUAUGACUUGACACAUUUUACACUAAUAAUAACUGCUGUAGGUUUCAGUCGUUAUAGAAAAGAGCGUCUUCCAGGAAACCCAAGAAGAGCUGAUUGGUGUAUGGAGGCGCCUGUGGUUUACUUUCACAGUGUCUUAAUAUCCGGCAGCCUUCAUCGUGCCACACUUCAUCAUCCUGGUCUUCCUCCUGAUGCGGAGCUUCAUGGUCAGGAGCAGCAGCUGUCAGAGCGACAGGAACCAGGACCAUCGGCCCCGCGCCAGCUGCGUGAGUCAGGGACUGACAGCUGUUCCCGCCGGCAUCGACACAGACACACCGGUCCUGGUUCUCACUCAAACCAGUUCACCUCUCUGUCCUGGUCCAUGUAUUCUGGAUUCACAGAGCUGCACGAGCUGGACCUGAGCCACAAUCACAUCAGCACACUGGAGCCGCCGGGUAAACAGAAGCGCAUCAGUCAUCUUACUCUAACUAGAUAA